AUGGUGUGUGGGUUUACUACGAAGUCUCAUCUGCGCCUUGCUGGAAAGCUUUUAGCCGCUUGGACCAGUCGCGGCUGGAAGACGCCCGAGCAGAAGCAGCGUGCACCACUGGGGAUGGAGCAGAGGAUGACGGAGAAGAGGAGGAGGCCAGCCCCCCCACUGCAGCCCUUGCCGGACCUGCCCGCCGCUCACCCUUCCGCCGUGGUCUUCUUCGGCCGCGCGGAAGUCUUCUUGUUCGGUGCCGGUCGCAGCCGCGGGGUGCUGCGGGAACGCUACGGCGGCGGGCUGUUGGAGCGGCACGGGCCAUUUCAUGUGAGGCGCUCGCAGUGGUUUUGCAUGGCUCGCCAGGGGCCCCGACCCUAUGGGCCAACGCUGAAUGAGCGACUGAGUGCCGCACAUGCAAGGCUCAUGGAGGUGGCCCAGGGGGGCGAUUCAUCGCCCGAGUUGAAGGAGACAUCCGCAUCUCCAAGUUCAUCCAAGGAGGAAACGGUCACAUUUGGUAGAAAGAGUGUGCGAUUGUACAUCGCAUGGGGCAAGGUUCAAGCUGUUGAGGAGGAGGCUGAUAGCAACAUGAGAUUCUGGCUGGGUCUCUCAGGGCCAGUGGUGCAGCGAGGCUUCGAGGUUCCCGUGGAUGAAGAGGAGUUGCUGCAGGAGAAGGUGGGGCAGAUCGUGGUGGUCGUGCAUGGAAUCGGCGAGAAGUUCGCUCAAAGGCGCUGGGGUGGCCUGGUGCACGACGUUGGGGUGCUGCGGCGUACGCUGCUCCACGCCCAGCUUAAGCUGUGUGGCUUUGUCCAGAAGGAUGGCCGAUGGCAAGAAGGUGAGGAUCCUGUGGCUUCGGGCCCGAAGAUUGAGGUCUUGGUGUCCGAGUGGUGGCAGAGUGUGCAUUCUGAGGAGAUGGAUCAGCAGUUGAGCAGCAUCACCCUGCCAUCCCUUUCCGCGGUGAGAGACUUUGCCAACCUCUCCCUUGUGGACGGUUUGGCUUUCAUGCAGGAGCGCUCCAAGGUCAUAGCCGCCACCAGCGCCAGCAUUGAGAGAACCGUGGCAAGGUUCAAGGAAUGCCAUCCACAGUUCAAGGGCCAGAUCUUCCUACUGGGCCAUUCGCUGGGAGGUGUGAUUUCCUGGGACAUCAUCAAGGAAAAGCGACUGUCCUUCACCCCGAGCGCUCUCUUUACGCUGGGCUCCCCACUGGGCGUGUUCCUGCACACGGCGUCGGGCGUGCAAGGGAAGCCCUCCAUGGACGAGCUGGGGAAGGUGAGGUUUUUCAACAUCUUCCACCCUUUGGAUCCAGUGGCCUACCGCAUGGAGCCGCUCCUCUGGCCCCAUGGGCCGUGCCCUCCCGCGCCGGCCCAGCUGAACGACCGCGACGCGUGUCACGCGCAGCGAGUGGACUGGGCGCUGCCGCUGGCGGCGCUGAGCAGCGCCUCGGAGCUGCUGCAGGCAGUGCCAAGCCACAUCAGCUACUACAAGAAUCCUGACCUUGGCACCUUCAUCCUCCGGCAGUGCAUUCGAUCUCCAGCCUCCACAGCACAGGUGGCGACCGCGGCGCGGAGGCUCACAGCCAGUCUCACUACGUCCGCGCUUCAAGCCCUGGUGGGUUUCUCGAGGAUAGCUCGAAUCCAGCUUGAUGCUAGGUUCUAUCGCUUGGCCGUGAAGCAGGCAGAGUCGCUCUAUGACAUUAUGGCGCCGCAUCCCAUCUUCUUGAAAUGGGUUGGAGGUGCUGCUGGUGGACCUGGAAUCGGAGGAGCCUGGGAUCCACACCAAGAGGUGAAGGCGCUACAUGUACAAGGCUUCCAGAAUUUCUUGGUCUUCUCGGGUUCGAACCUCAUUUUUUGCAUCUUUGCCGUGACCUUGGCCAGUGCAAGGUUUGCCUUCCUUGGACGUAGCCGAUCUCCGUACGAUGAGGUGCUGGGAGAGGCCCCUUGA